UAAGCAUGACCUUAGGCCUUUUAAAACUAAAUCAUGAUAAUGCAAUAAGGAUGGGUGACGGUGAGCGCAUAAUAAGACUGGACAAAAUUUUCUAUUUGUUUUACAAGGCUUUCAAUUGCACUAAAUAUGCAUAUGGCAUGUUGGAAACAUUGUUGCAAACUAAGGUCUUGCUGAGUGAAAGGCAUGCACAACGCCUGGUAUGGAACAGGACAGUCAAUAAUGCUGGUGAAAUUGACACAAAUUUGCCAAAUGAUCUAGACAUUGAGCAUUGCAAUAAGGUGUUUAAAGAUGAAGCCCAUAGUUAUCGUGGAACUUUUACAGAAAAGGUUGUUUCUCGAGUAAGUAGGAGUGCAUUAAAGACAGAUGAAGUAUUGAAGAACUUUGACAGAAUUAUAGGUGUAGUUAGACCAUCAGGAAAACAUACACCAGGGGUUGUGGAAGAUGAUAUAUUGUCUUUAGUUGUCCAGUUUUCUGAUAGAAACUUAUUCAGUAAAAUUUCUGGAAGGAAGCACAGUGCAUUUCAGAACUUCAGCUCUGAUCAGUUGACAUUAGAAAUGCAUGACUUUAGGGACUGGCUUUCUAGAAGUAUGAGAAAAAUAGCUAAAAAACAUUUCUAUCAAUAUUGA